AUGGGUGAUGUGCAGAAGGGACUGCUCUCCGUCAUCCAGAGGCUGAAGGGUUCCCCGGAGCAGGAGCUGCGCAUCGUCCUGCUGGGGCUGGACAACGCGGGGAAGACCACGCUGCUGAAACGCCUGGCAUCCGAGGAGGUCAGCACCAUCACACCCACCCAGGGCUUCAACAUAAAGAGUGUCCACUCGCACGGCUUCAAGCUAAACGUCUGGGAUAUCGGGGGGCAGCGCUCCAUCCGCCCGUACUGGAGGAAGUAUCUGGGCAGCACCGACCUGCUGAUUUAUGUCAUUGACAGUGCAGACCAGAAGCGUUUCGAGGAGACCGGGCAGGAGUUGGCAGAGCUCACCGAGGAGGAGUCCCUCACGGGGGUCCCAUUGCUGGUGUUUGCCAACAAGCAGGACCUAGUGACUGCAGCACCUGCAGCUGAAAUUGCGGAAGGGUUGGGCCUCCAUACCUAUCGGGACCGGGAAUGGCAGAUCCAGGCCUGCUCAGCCUUGUCUGGGGAAGGAGUGCAGGAUGGGAUGAACUGGAUUUCCAGCCAGAUCAUGAAAAGGAAGAAGUGA